AUGGUCCUCGCCGCCAACGUGGUCCUCUGCGUCAAUUCCGUCAUCGGCUACACGUGCAAUGGGACGCUGAUCUAUCUGAUCGUCAAGAAUCCGAAAAGCCAGAUGGUUGGAUAUGGCGCUCUCCUCGGCUACUGCUCCCUCUUCGCCCAAUCGACAAUCCUGCUCGCCUACCACUUCAUCUACCGCUACGCCUGCAUUUGCAAACCCAACUGGCUGACGCUGAUCCACAAGAAGCGCGUCAUCGCGCUGCUCGGCAUGGCCUAUCUCGGCUAUUUUGGGCUCUGGGUCGUGUUUGUGCACAGCUUUAUUGGCCCGACCCCCGAAUUCUUCGACCGGAUCAACGAGGGGCUGCACGCGUUCUCCGGGCUCUACCCGAACGAGACGGCCAUCAUUGGGGACAAUUAUUUGAUCCGUGACACCACCGGUCUGCACUUCAACAUGCGCCCUUGGAUUGCUCUUGCUGCCUGCAUGACCAUGAUGAGCUCGAUGUUCUGUGUGAUCUUCGUGUGCGGCUGGAAGAUGCACGAAAAGCUGAGGAGCGCCGAGAUGAGCAGCGUCCGCGGGUACCGACUGCAGAAGCAGCUCUUCCAGGCACUAAUGAUACAAUUUAUCGUGCCCAUCAUCCUCGAGUACAUCCCAUGCACAUCCAUCUUCCUGGUGCCGAUGCUCGGGGAGGAGGUCAACCUGGAAUGGGCGACGAUGUGCAUCUCACUUUAUCCCAUCUUCGAGCCGCUAGCUGUCAUCUAUUUCGUGAAGGAAUACCGCCUAACGCUCCGUCGCGCCAUCUUCGGCACGUCGGCUCGCGGAUCUUCCGUUUCCACGACAGCUGAAGUGACCAACCAGCACUCCAACAGCGACUCGCAGAUGAACAGCUCGACGACGAAGAAAAGCCAGAAU